GCAACCGCUCAGACAUCUUGCAUUUUCCAGUCGAACAGAUAAGCAUUAAAAACCUAUCCAGCAUCGCUCGAUCACUGCUCACGUUUUCACAUGCAAGGCUGAAUUUAGUUUGCUUGUUUGAGCGGUUUGCGUGCGGUUUUGUUUCGUAUUGUGCGUCAUUUCUGCAUUUUCACCCAGGCAAUAUGGCAACACCCGCCGCUGUGAAUCCAUCGGAUGAACGUGGUACCUUCAGGCAUUUGGAAAGUGCUCCCAAGGAUGAACCAGACUUGUGGAGGUCCACAAAUUUUUUUCUGAGGUCAUGGCUGAUUUAUUUUGAUUUUACCAUGAUGUCAAGCAAAGAGGCACUGAGUUUGAAGAAAUGGGCACAGAUCUGCCAGGGCCGAUAGCCAUGCCAGGCGCAGUGGUGGGCACAGGCCAGGUCAGGAUGGCGGGUACCAUACCAGGACGCGGAGGCAAGCGGAGAUCAGCAGGGAUGGACUUUGAUGAUGAGGAUGGAGAGGGACACAGCAAAUUUUCAAGGUAUGACGAUGAUCAAAUUCCUGGUGAUAAGGAACGCUAUGCCAGAGAAAACCACAGUGAGAUUGAGCGUCGUCGCCGCAAUAAGAUGACCCAGUACAUCACAGAGCUGUCGGAUAUGGUGCCAACCUGCAGCGCGCUGGCGAGGAAACCAGACAAGCUAACUAUCCUGCGCAUGGCCGUCUCACACAUGAAGUCCAUGAGGGGAACAGGGAACACGUCAACUGACGGAGCUUAUAAACCCUCAUUCCUAACUGAACAGGAACUAAAGCACUUAAUUCUGGAAGCAGCCGAUGGCUUUCUGUUCGUGGUGGCGGCUGAGACAGGCCGUGUUAUCUACGUGUCGGACUCUGUGACACCCGUUCUCAACCAUCCACAGUCUGAGUGGUUUGGCAGCACGCUGUUUGAGCAGGUCCAUCCGGAUGAUGUGGACAAACUGAGGGAACAGCUGAGCACAUCCGAGAACUCCAUGACUGGACGUAUUUUGGACUUAAAGACGGGGACAGUGAAGAAGGAAGGACAACAGUCUUCUAUGAGAAUGUGUAUGGGCUCCAGACGUUCCUUCAUUUGCAGAAUGAGAGACCUGAGGGAAAAGCCACUUUUUCUUGCCAGGUCAAUUGAAAUUGAUUUUGGAAGGGAUGAACAGCUCAAGUGUGGCAAUGCACCAUUGGAUCAUAUCUCACUGAAUCGUUUGUCAAGCAUGAGAAAGAGAUACAGGAAUGGUCUGGGACCGUCGAAGGAGGGAGAGGCACAGUACUCUGUUGUGCACUGUACUGGCUAUAUCAAGGCCUGGCCGCCAGCGGGCAUGACCAUUCCUGAGGAAGACACAGAAGCAGGUCAAACCAGCAAAUACUGUUUGGUUGCGAUUGGAAGACUGCAGGUGACCAGUUCUCCGGUUUCCAUGGAUAUGAAUGGGCUCUCUGUGCCGACAGAAUUCCUCUCCCGCCACAGCUCAGAUGGCAUCAUCACUUUUGUUGAUCCUCGUUGCUUCAAUGUUAUUGGCUACCAGCCUCAGGAUCUUCUUGGCAAAGACAUUCUGGAGUUCUGCCAUCCAGAGGACCAGAGCCAUCUGCGAGAGAGCUUCCAACAGGUGGUAAAGCUGAAAGGACAGGUACUUUCGGUUAUGUAUCGGUUCCGGAUGAAGAACAGAGAGUGGAUGCUCAUCAGAACCAGCAGUUUCACCUUCCAGAACCCUUAUUCAGAUGAGAUUGAAUACAUCAUUUGUACCAACACAAAUGUCAAGCAGCUCCAGCAGCAACAACAAGCUGAACUGGAGGUUCACCAGAGAGAUGGACUGACUGCAUACGACCUGUCCCAGGUGCCAGUUUCCAGCGUACCCGCUGGUGUUCAUGAAGUGGGCAAGACCAUCGACAAAACUGAUUCGUUGUUCUCGCAGGACAGAGACCCACGCUUCAGUGACAUGUACACAGGAAUUUCUGGGUCUGAUAAAAAGAUGAUGGCCCCCUCCUCUACUGUGGGAGGACAGCAGUUAUACUCCCAAGGCAGCCCAUUUCAACCUGGUCACUCUGGCAAGAGCUUCAGCUCAUCGGUGAUCCACGUCCCAGGGGUCAAUGACAUCCAGUCUACCACUGGCUCAGCUGGACAGAACCUCACUCAGAUAUCCCGGCAGAUCAACACUGGGCAGGUGUCCUGGACAGGAAGCAGACCACCCUUCUCUGGCCAGCAGCAGAUUCCAGCUCAAUCCAGUAAGGCCCAGUCCUCACCGUUCGGCAUCGGCUCCAGCCACAGCUACCAGGCCGACCCGUCCUCCUACAGCCCCCUGUCUAGCCCUGCCACCUCCUCACCCUCCGGCAAUGCCUACUCCAACCUGGCAAAUCGCAGCACUGCUUUCGAUGUGUCAGGAGAAAGCAGCCAGAGUGGAGGGCAGUUCCAGGGUCGAUCGUCUGAGGUCUGGACCCAGUGGCAGAGCCAGCACCAUAGCCAGCAGGGUGGAGACCCUCACCCCCACACUCAGUCCAGCCAGACAGAGGUCUUCCAGGACAUGUUACCAAUGGCUGGGGAUCCCACUCAAGGCACAACCAAUUACAACAUUGAAGACUUCGCCGACCUUGGCAUGUUUCCACCUUUUUCUGAGUAAACGGACUGGACUUAGACUUUUUUUUUUUUUUGACUGCAGUACUUUCAUCUCACACAUUAAAAUUUUCAUAUGACACUGCUUGAAACUGAAUUCGCGCACACUUAAACACUUUCAUGGCUAGGUUGCUGAAACAGUUUUUUUCUAAUCUGUAGUAAUGCAAAAGUAUAAUUUUCUGUGUUGCACCUCAUUUUGAUUGCCAAACAGCAUCUUGCUGACUAAAAACAUGCUGAAAUAUUUAUACACUGCACCAUUCAUAUUGCAAAAUGCCGCUUACUGUGUAAAAUGUAGUAAUGUAGUGAUAUCUAUAACCUAGCUAAACUAAUAAUAAAUGUAGAUGAAUGUUAAGACAAAAAAAGUAUUUGAGUUAAAUUGAACACAUAAAUUUGACUUUUUUUUUAAACAGUUUCACUUCAUGAGGCUAUCAACACCAGCUGCAUAUACAGUUAGGAAAUGAGUCAUAGAUAUAAAGCAUUUCGCUCUGUUCAUUGUAAUCUUUGUGACAGCUGCAAUUUUUUAUUACUAUUAACUUCUGAACUGAUAACGUGGACUACGAUCUUUUCCACAAUGAAACUCGAUGAAAGCUACGGACUGAUGGGAAGACCUUAAAAUGGAAUACAAAAUCUUUUUAGUAAUCAAAUAGAUGUUUUUAUGUAAAUAAUGUCAUUUUUAUGUUGGACUGUGUUAUAUUUCACACACAGCUACUACAUAUGUACUUGUGUAGGUUUAAUAUCAUUGUGUGCAUUAAUUAGUCUGGUCAAGGUACAAUGAGUUUAGGAUUGUAUUCAUUGUGUAAAUGUGUCCCAUAAUUUUUUUGUAACUUUAUGACUAUGAAUUGUGCUUGUGACAAAUUCUCAUUGGAUAUGUGGCUUUCAAUUAAACAGAAUAACUGUAAUCAUUGGGUUGCUGAAUGUGAAUAUUGCUGAAUAUUGUUAUUUGCUAAUAUUAUUUGCUAUAAACUUUAUUACAUCAUUGUUCAACAGGAUUCAAUUAUUUUGUCAUUAGUUUUACCUAGAAAGAAAAAGAAAAUGAUGCAUUACAACAGUAGCCUAAAAUAAUAUCAAAAUAGCUAUUUGGCUAUUGGAAUACAUUAACUAAUAGCCUGUGUGGCCUAAAUUAUGUCUGCUGAAAAAGUAAAUUCAGAGUCAUAGCUGGUUAUUAUGUUAUGUUGAAAGAUUGCAGAUUUUUUCUGUGGAAAGAAGUGCACAGAUGAAUCAUACGCUGUUAAUAUGAAUAAUGUUAUAUUAUAUUAACAAUGUAUAGGGUCUAUUUUGAUUUCAUGUUGACUUAAAGCACAGAUGUUUAGAUGGUUAUCAAAAAUGUUAAUUAUGACAUUUCACCUAAAAUGGAAAAUUAUUAUGAUCAGUAUAUGUACAGAAUACAAGUUUUCCACUGCUCCAAGAAAAAUCAGUAAACAGUUUCAGACUUGCAGCCUGUUAAAUUAUGGUUCCGUAUCCUUUUAAUUUAGCUUAUUGGUCAGGAAACAGGAAGGGGAUUUGACCACAGGGCUUAUUCAAAGCUGGAAGCAGACCACAAAAUGUAUAUUUUAUUAAUUAAUUUGGAUAUUCAAGCUCCACAGAAGAAGAAUUUGAUACUUGGCUUAUAAGUAGGGAUUCAGAAUUGACUGAUUAUGGUUUCUGAUUCGAUUACACUUAAUACAUUUUGGUUUGGUCCACUUAAUUAUCUGCGACAACCUCACUGCACUUCUCUCUAAAACUGGUUGUAGUAUUUUCUAAAUGAAAUAAAAUAAGGCUGUCAAUUCUCCCAACUUUAUCUGUAUUGUUUUGUUUGUUUUUUUUUGGAGCUUUUCCAAUAAAACCAAUAACAAACAUUA